AUGUCGACAGAACUAAACAAUAGUAGUCAAUCGAAUAGUGGUGUCGGUCGAUUAUUUAAUAAUGUAGCGAAUUCCUAUAUACAUAGUGAUUCAAUUAAUGCAGCAAAUAGAACGACUACUUCUGUUGAUAAUGAUAAUAGACAGUCUUCAACAUGGGUUGAUACAUUAACUCAACUUGAUCGUGUAUUUUCUGGUAGUCUACUUCGUGUAUGCUACAAUAUCAUUGAUAUUAUUCUUGUCUUUCUUGGUCUAUAUUAUGGUACAAAAACGUGUAGUAUGUCUAAUGCUUUUGUGAUAAUAUCAAUUUGUAUACUGAUUUUUGAUGGUAUAACACUUUUCAUUACUUUUCUAUGUUUCAUUCGAAAUUGGUCUUUGCAUCGUAUGACUCUGUCCGAGGCGACAAACUCGAAUCAAUAUCGUCAAGGAUCUACUUUACGCAGUAUUUUUCAUUUUCUGAAAUUUAUUUCUGUUUGUGUCGGUACUAUCUAUGUAUUUACAUCAAAAAUACCGAUAAAUAAUAAUUGUGAAUUGAUUCGUUUCUAUCUUGGUAUUGUAUGUUUUAGUACAUGGAUUUUAAUUUUUAUUUCGCCACCAAAACCUUCACUUCCAGUACGACGAUCAUUAAUAAUAGAAUGUCUUAUUCUUGCCUUGUUGAUUAUUGUCAAUAUCAUUUACUUGUGUAUUGUAACAUUUGUCACAAUAAAAACUAAAAAAUCAGAAUGCAUAUAUACGCGUAUUGAAGAUCUAUAUUUUCAUGCACCACUCAAAUCAUUUGCCUAUGUUGGACUUAUUUUAGCUGGUUCUAGUAUUUGUACUAAUAUUUCUGGUGCCAUUAUUAAUCAACUUUUUUAUCGUCGAACUAAUUUACGAAGAUUUUUCAUCUAUUUAUCAGCAAUUCAUUAUGUGAUAUCAUAUACUAUAACUGUUGCUAUUGUCUAUUAUUAUUCAGUCGGAGCUAUUCUUCUAUUUCAACCUCGUUCAGGUGGUUCAUGCUCUAGAGUAGCUCCCAAUCUUUACACAACUCUUUGGAUAUGGCAAAUAAUUCGCAUUCUUUUUCCACUUAUUAUCUGGCCUCUUACAUUAAUUGUUUGUUGUCUUGGAGUUACACUUGGAGCUUGUCUUACAUAUUGUUUGCCGGCAUCAAUCACUGUUCCACUUUUUACAAUGCUUAGUGAUAGACUAAUAAAUAUUACUUCUGCACCCAAUGAAAAUCCUCCAGCAUCACCAGGUACUAUUGAUGCUUUGCCAAUGGUAAUUUUUGGUCAAACAUCGGAUGAAUUUAAUCAAGCUGAAUGUACCAUUUGUCAAACAGAUUAUAAGGCUAAUGAAAAAGUAAAAAAAUUGCCGUGUGGUCAUAUCUUUCAUGACAGUUGUGUAGCUCAAUGGCUAUCAAUUACAGGUAUUUGUCCUGUUUGUCGUCAUCGCAUUCCAUCCGCACAUUUGUAG